UUUUUGUUAGGGGCAAGGCCGCGGCUACGGAGCGCAGGAGAGGCCUCGGAGCUUCCGGCGGCUCGCUGGGGAGAGCCGGCGCAUGGAGCGCCGCGGGGUGCGGGGAGGCGGCGAGCGUUAGGUUCGUUUGGGGCUCGCCGCGCAAUGGCCCGGGCGCCCCUCUCCGGUGGCCUUCUGCCCCCACUCGCUAACGUACCCCCGUCGUGGGCGCAGUCCGUGGGCGCGGGGGAGCAGCGGGACGAGGGGCGGCGCCGGGGGCCGCCGGCGGCGGGCAGCGUCCCGCGCCCGGACCCCGGCCGAGAGCCCUGGGCCCCCGCGGCGGCCGGCGGCCCGAUGCCCCUCGCCCUGCAGCGGCUCCGGGCCACGUUGCUACGCCUGCACCGCGAGCGAGAGCGGCUCCUGCGGGCCCGGGACUGCGCCCGCCUCCUGCAGGUGGCCGUGCGGCUGCUCGGCUCCGGCCCCCCGGCCGGCCCCCUCUCCGUGCAGCAGCUGCUCGGCGACCUGCAGCUGUGCCCCUCGCGUGGGGCGCCUGUGCGCCUCGGCCUCCCGGGCCCCGCGGAGACGCUUCUCCGCGCUCGCCCCGUCGGCCUAGCCGCCCAGCGCCUGGAGGCCGUCAUCGAGAUGCAGUUUCGCGCCCUAGGCCGGGCACCGGCUAGCCUGGGCCUGACGUCCCAGCUAGCCGAACUGCUGCUGGCCCUUCCCUGCUACCACACGCUACAGGGGCGAGCCCUGAGCUGCGUCCCCGGAGCUGCGCGCCCAUUCCCCACGGCCCGUGUGCUCCACCUCCUGGCUGCGGAGCGGGGUUGUCAGGUGGCAGAUAGGCUGGCGGAGGCCCUUGGCGGCUCGGGCCUGCAGCACCAACUCCGUCAGCAGUGCGACGAGGAGCGGGAGCUGCUGCCCGGGCUCCUGGGCCUGAUAGGGGGCGUGGCUAGCACCGACGGCGGUGGACUGAGGCUGGGAGGGCCUGGAACCCUGUGGAGCCAGUAUUGGACCCUGCUGUGGGCAGCCUGUGCUCAGAGUCUAGAGCUAAGCGUGGGACCCUGGGGCGACCGCAGAGCACUGGCACAGAAGCUGAGUCAGGCACUGGGUCAAGCAUCCCUGCCUCCAGAGUGUGAGAAGGAGCUGUUGUCUCUGUGUCACAGCCUUUUUCAUCAGUCUCUUAUCGGGAGCUGGGACCAAGGUAAGGAGAAAGGGACCUUGGGGGCGACCCAAGGAUCAGCCCACCCCUUCAGACUACAUUCUGUCCUUGCAGGGUUCUGCCAGGCCUUGGGAUCAGCCGUGGGGGCUGAGAGCAGCCCUUCUUCACCGGCUCCUACUGCUGAGCUGCUGCUGCAGCUUUUCCCUCCCCUCUCAGAUAGCCUUCGACAGCCUAGGUCAGAACUUAGCCUGUGCCAUCCUCCAGGUCCUGCAGCUGUUGCUCUGGGGCUCUGCACCCUGCAGACCACCUUGCUCUGGUUCCUGGGCAGAGCUCAGCAGCACCUGGCAGCAUGGGCCCCCGGUGCCUUCCUCCUCCUGAUCCAAAAAGACUUGCCUCCUCUGCUGCGUGCAGUGGAGGCUCUGUCCAGCUUGGCCUCCGAGGCCACCUUAUCUCCGGAGGUGGAGCAGCAGCUGGGCCUGGAGAUCCAGAAGCUCGCUGCGAAGAUGCAGCUCCUGCCUGAAGAGUCACUGAGUCUUUUCUUCCAAGAAUGUCAUAAACAAGCCACACAGGGCUUCAAACUCCACAUGCCAAGGGGUCGAUACUGGAGACUUCGACUGUGCCCUGAGCAUCCCAGUGCUCCUAGCGAGUAUGCAAGGAUGGUGGUACAUGCUGUGCUGGAGCCCGUGCUUCAAGGACUGCGGGGAUUGCCGCCCGAGGCCCAAGCCCCUGCCCUCAGCCAGGCACUGACGGCCACACUGGGUGCCUGGCUUGACCACAUCCUCACCCAUGGGAUCCGGUUCAGCCUGCAGGGGGCGCUGCAGCUUAAACAAGACUUCGGAGUGGUCAGGGAGUUUCUGGAACUGGAGCAGUGGGGCCUGCCCCGGGAUCUUCGCCAGACUUUGCUCUCCCUGGGCAUCUUCCAGCGGCUGGAUGGGGCCCUGCUAUGUCUACUGCAGCAGCCCCUGCCCAAGAAUCCAGUCCACAGAAGGCAUCCAUGUUGCUGUUUUUGUAAUGAGGUCCAGACCACUGAAUUGCCCACCAGCAGCCUCAACAGCCUGGAAAACUUGGCGCCUCCUCCUCUGCGGCCUGUAGUCUCCCCAGCCCAGACUACUCACCUGCUAAGCACCCUGGGAGGAGGAGGACCUAGUCCUGAGGCUUACCUGGCUGGAAACCAGCAGGCCUGGCUUGCCUUGAGGCUGCACCAGCACUCUCGUUGGCACCUGCCUUUUCUUUCUUGCUUGGGGACAAGUCCUGAACCCUAA